UGAGCGCGUGCGGGGGAGGUGGUUUCUUCCGGCAGGGCUGAGGGGUAGCUGGGUGCGUUGAAGGACAUAGCCUGCGCAAUCGGCGUUUUGCAAGAUUGAAAUCAUGGCAGGUCCAGAAACUGAUGCCCAAUUCCAGUUCACUGGUAUCAAAAAAUAUUUCAACUCUUAUACUCUCACAGGUAGAAUGAAUUGUGUGCUGGCCACAUAUGGAAGCAUUGCUUUGCUGGUCUUAUACUUCAAGUUAAGGUCUAAAAAAACUCCAGCUGUGAAAGCAACAUAAACGGAUUCUAGACUGGACUUCAUCUGUUAAGUUUCCAUGCCUGAGAAGCUAAUGUCAACUCAUCAUGUGAUACUCAAUUUAUACAAUAAAUUAUGAACCUGGAAAA